AUGGAAGGACUAGGGAAGGAUAAGGGAAGGCCCCAAGGCAGGGCAAGGGCACCGACAGUCGCGGUAACCGGGUCCGGGGAGGAAGGAGAAGAUCUGCGAGCGUGGCUGCAAGCGGAGGAGGAGCAAUUGAAGUGUACAGUAGCGGCAAAAAGCAGCGCGAUGGAGAGGAACAGAACAAAAGAGAAGCUUGAGAGAGCCUUACAAGGGUGGCACAGCACUGUACUGCAAAGCUCUAACCUUUGGAUCGGACUCGAAUGUGGAGAGGGCGAGGGCGAGGACGAGAAAAAGAGGAACCAACGAAGCGAGGCCAAGAGCGAAGACAACCAAGCAGAGGCGGGAACCAAGCCUGGCGCCGGCAGUCGAGUUACUCAGUAG